UCCAGCCAGGCAGCGUCGCAGACUUGGGGACCCCGGGUCCGGGGUGCGUUACGGAGCAGGCACGGGAGCUGGGGACCCGCGAAGCUAAGAGGGAUGCGGACUCCGGUGGUGAUGAUUCUGGGCAUGGUGUUCACGCCCUGCGGGCUACUGCUCAAUCUCGUCAGUACGCUGACACCGGGCUGGCGGCUGAUGAAGGGCUUUCUGACCCAGCCAGUGGACGUGGUGCUGUACCAGGGUCUAUGGGACAUAUGUCGCGAACAGAGCAGUCGAGAGCGCGAGUGUGGCCAGUCCGACGAGUUGAACUACUUCCAAACCAAGCCAGUGCAGGCAGCCCGGGGACUCAUGGUCACGUCACUGGCCAUCACCGCCGUGGGGCUGCUGCUGGCGUCGCUCGGGGUGCGCUGCUGGCAAGAUGAGCCCCACUUCGGACUAGCUGGCCUCUCGGGCAUCGUACUUUUCGUCGCGGGCCUCUUCAGUCUCGUUCCAGUCUCCUGGUACAACCACUUCUUGGGGGACCGCAACGUCCUACCCGCCCCGGACAGCCCGGUCACUGUGCAAGUCAGCUAUAGCCUGGUGCUGGGUUACCUAGGCAGUUGCUUGCUGCUGCUGGGCGGCUUCUCGCUGGCGCUCAGCUUUGCGCCCUGGUGCGAAGAGCGCUGUCGCCGGUGUCGCAAGGCGCCCCCCGCAGGCCCGCGCCGCAGCAGCAUCAGCACCGUCUAUGUGGACUGGCCGGAGCCCGCGCUCACACCAGCCAUCAAGUACUACAGCGAGGGCCAACAUCGGCCCCCUCCUGCCACCGAGCAACGGACCACCAGCAAACUUAAGGUCGGAUUCCCGAUGCCACGGCCGCCGCCCAAGGCCUACACCAAUCCAAUGGAUGUGCUUGACGGAGAAGAGAAGACAUCCACCUCCCAAGGCGGUUCCUCCUCUCGCAGUACUCGGCCCUGCCACAGUUCGCUGCCCUGCGACUCAGACCUAUAGACGCAGCUCACCUACUGUCUACCUGAGCACUGCAUGGGGUCUGAAGGUGACUUGAACUUGUGUGUUGCCAUGAUGUCUACAGCAAGAGCUCUGGACACCUUUCUAUUUGGAGGGCCUUCCUUUCCGAACUCCUCCUCAGAUACUAGGCUGGGUUCACUUACUUUUAAGGAGUUUCGGUUUUCUCCUGAGGGAACAGGUCUUCUCAGGCAGUGACGAGAGAGGGUGACGUUUUGCAUACUGUUUAAUCGCAGUAACAGCAAAAACAAAAUCGCAGCCAGGCAACAGGUCUUAAAAAGGUGUAACACCUUGAAAGUACAGUGUUCUAAGUUACCCAUGAGUCUUUAUAAACAUCGCUGUUGAGGUGGUUGGGGGAUUUUGUUUGUUUGUUUGUUUUUUGUUUUGUUUGUUCCCGCUCCCUGCUUCAGUUUCCGGAGAACUCAAAUGGUCAAAAACUGUAAAUCUGUUUGGCUGUGUUCGAAGGAUGUUCUGUAAAACCAGCAGCUUCAAUGGCUUUUAUGAAGUGAAGUAACUCGUUCAACUCAUAUUUAUAUGUCUUCGUGCAUAUAUACUAUUUAUCUUUUCUAGCCACUUAUUUCUAUGUAGGAGGUUGAACUUAUUCAAGAAAUUGUCUUCCAGAAGCCAGGAGAAUAAAAAACUUGACACUAUACUGUACUGUUUGUU